AUGCAUGAUAUCUCUGGGAUUUGGCCAUUUCUGACAUGCACCUGUCUUUCUCCCAUCUCUCCAGGCUCCAAUCAUGAGGCUCCAGUGAAGAAGAGUGGAGAGGAGGUGCCGCCACUAGAGGGGGAAGGAGCCAAAGAAGAAUCAGAGCUGGAGGCCAUCCGAGACCUCCUUAAGGAGAACGAGGAGAAGUACGAAGAGACGGACGAGGAACGAAGCCAGGAGGAGUUUCCUCAGUACCAGAGGAAAAGGCACCUCUUUCCGUCAGAGAAGGAGAAACGUGAGGAAGGGGAGGGCAGAGAGAAGAGGUCCUUCAGGCCUGGGUUUGCGCGCAAAUAUCAAAGAAAGUAUCACAAGCGUGAAGGAGACUCGUCCAAGGAAGAAGAGGAGAACGAGGAGGACAGAGAGAAGAGGACCUUUAGGCCGUCGAACAAACAUCAAAGAAGGCGGCUUCACAAGCGUGAAGGAGACUCGUCCGAGGAACAAGAGGAGGACGAGGAGGACAGAGAGAAGAGGACCUUUAGGCCGUCGAACAAACAUCAAAGAAGGCGGCUUCACAAGCGUGAAGGAGACUCGUCCGAGGAAGUUGAGGAGGACGAGGAGGACAGAGAGAAGAGGACCUUUAGGCCAUCGAACAAACAUCAAAGAAGGCGGCUUCACAAGCGUGAAGGAGACUCGUCCGAGGAAGAAGAGGAAGACGAGGAGGACAGAGAGAAGAGGACCUUCAGGCCGUCGAACAAACAUCAAAGAAGGCGGCUUCACAAGCGUGAAGGAGACUCGUCCGAGGAAGAAGAGGAAGACGAGGAGGACAGAGAGAAGAGGACCUUCAGGCCGUCGAACAAACAUCAAAGAAGGCGGCUUCACAAGCGUGAAGGAGACUCGUCCGAGGAAGAAGAGGAAGACGAGGAGGACAGAGAGAAGAGGACCUUCAGGCCGUCGAACAAACAUCAAAGAAGGCGGCUUCACAAGCGUGAAGGAGACUCGUCCGAUGAACAAGAGGAGGACGAGGAGGACAGAGAGAAGAGGACCUUUAGGCCGUCGAACAAACAUCAAAGAAGGCGGCUUCACAAGCGUGGAGGAGACUCGUCCGAGGAAGUAGAGGAGGACAGGGAGGACAGAGAGAAGAGGACCUUUAGGCCGUCGAACAAACAUCAAAGAAGGCGUCCAGACUGGUACAAGAGGAGUGUCACAUCAACCGCCGCCGCCAACAACCUCGCCCUCUUACUCAACUACAGGAAGGCCCAGCUGUCACGCGUCACGGAACCAGAGGGGGGCGCAAAGAGCACUCACCCCAGUAGAGGAGAGAGAGCUGGCUAACCUGGCUGCCAUGGACCCGGAGGUGCAGCAGAUCGCCAGCAAGAUCCACAACGGCCAGAAGAAAUGAAUGGGGGUCAGGGGUCACUGCUGAGAGAGAGACAGAGAGAAGAGACAGAGAACCGGGGUUCCCUUUGCUGUUCUCCACAACCUAAGUGCAGGCUUCCAGAUAUAACCCUCCAUCUCCAUGGUGAUCGUAACUUUGACUACAGUGUUUUUAACAAGUAAAUAGUGAAACAGUUACGCUCUCUACAUGCAGUCUCUUUCGCUCUGUGUUCAGUUUCUUGUCGACAUGUGGGUGACAGUCUGGUCGUGAUGUGUCUCCCUGUGGGUUGGGAGAAGCCUCAGUCGCUUCCUCGCUUGAGUGGUGCCAGCUUGCUCUGAAACUUACAAACCUGGCCGUACAACACGUACUGUUUCUUGCAUACUCGUCUUCUACUCAUUAGUUUCCUCAGUAGUGUCCGGUGAUCAGUGAUGGGAACCAGUAGAUUAGAUGAACCUCUGUCUGCAAGUUCACCUCCUUAUUUUUGUCAAGUUCAACAAAAAAAAAAAGAAGAAAACUAUAAAAUAAUAACACACACACCUUUCUAAUGCCUCUACCGUAUCAACCUUUGUAUGCUGUGCAACUUUUUUGAUGUUUGAGAAACCUUUAAACAGCAUGGGAAUGACUUUCAGUGAUUACUACUACUACAGUCUGGUUAUGAGUUCUGGAUUAUGUUGUGUAAUGUUGUGUUUGUUUUGGAGUCUGCAUUUGAUGAAAUAAAAUUAUUCUGGGACCAAAUUCCAACAGCAAGGCUCUUAAUUUCUACUGCUUUAUGUAUCCCCACAUUACCUGAGUUCCUAAAGGGCCAUGUGUAACCUGCUAGAGAAGUGCU